AUGGCAACGGCGUUUAGGGUUCUACAGUGCGUUUUCUUGGUGUUGAUGGCAUGUUUUCUUGCUUCAAAUGCUGUUUUGGAGCUGAAAUUUGAAAUCCCAGAAAGAGAAAUCCUGUUUUUGUUCAAAAACUCCUUGAAAAACCCUGAAAUUCUGUCUUCAUGGACUGCUGCAACUUCGCAUUGUGAAUGGGAUGGUGUUUCCUGUGAAGACGAUCGAGUUGUCGCACUCGCUCUAUCGACUCACACACUCAUUGGACCCAUUUCCACUUCCAUUUUCUCUCUCAGCUUCCUUACCGUGCUCGACCUAUCUGCAAAUCAGUUCUACGGUGAAAUUUCACCAAAUAUAGCUUCCCUGAACAGACUGAAAUUUCUGGACUUGGGGAAAAACCAAUUGACUGGAGAGUUACCGAGUGGACUGGGCGAGUUGACACAGCUACAGACUCUUCGACUCGGGCCCAACUUCUUCACCGGAAAAAUUCCUUCCGAACUCGGAAACUUGGUAAAACUCUCUUCUCUUGACCUUUCUGGCAAUGCCUUCACCGGUAAAAUCCCACCCCACAUAGGAAACUCGACUCAACUUCAAAUUCUGGCUCUUGGAAAUAACUUUCUCUCAGGCGCGAUUUCUACAAGUCUCUUCACUAAACUUCAGGCUUUAUCCUCUUUUGACGUGUCUAAUAACUCUUUAUCAUCCAGCAUUCCACCGGAAAUUGGAAAACUCACUUCUCUCACUGAGAUUUACUUCGGAAAUAACCAUUUUUCUGGUCAAUUUCCACCGGAGAUUGGCAAUCUCUCGAAGCUUGAAGUUUUUUCAUCGCCUUCUUGUUUUUUCAACGGCCCUAUACCGCAGACAAUCUCGAAAUUGAAAUCAUUAAGCAAGUUUGACCUGUCUGAUAACCCAUUAAAAUGCCCAAUUCCGAAAGCCAUUGGUGAGCUACAAAAUUUGACUAUAUUGAAUCUUGUUGAUGCUGAACUUAAUGGUACCAUACCUUCUGAGCUCGGCAAGUGUAAAAAAUUAAAAGUUUUGCUGCUUUCUUUCAAUUCUCUUUCUGGGGAUUUGCCUGAAGAGCUUUCAGAGUUGCCAUUGAUGACAUUUUCUGCUGAAAAGAACCAGCUUUCGGGUCCUUUGCCUCUCUGGCUUGGAAAAUGGAACCAGGUUGAUUCCAUAUUGCUUUCGAACAAUCAAUUGUCAGGGCGAAUUCCUGCCGAGAUUGGCAACUGUUCUUUAUUGAGUCACAUAAGCUUGGGCAGCAAUUUGUUGAUUGGUGAGAUUCCUAAAGAGCUUUGCAAUGCUAUUUCACUUACAGAUAUUGAGCUUGACCAUAAUUUUCUCACUGGGAAUAUUGAUAAUACUUUUGCGAAAUGUAGUAAUUUGACGCAAUUAGUUUUGUUUGAUAAUCAGAUAGUUGGUUCUAUACCGGAUUAUCUUUCUGUGCUCCCUUUGAUGGUUCUUGAAUUGGAUUCUAAUAAUUUUACUGGUGUUAUUCCGUUGAGCCUGUGGAGUUCACAGAAUUUAAUCGAGUUUUCUGCUGCUAAUAAUCACUUAGAGGGCACCCUUCCAAUGGAGAUUGGAAAUGCUGCAUCAUGUGAGAGCAUUGUUUUUAGUAAUAAUCAUUUGAGUGGUACAAUUCCCAAGGAAAUCGGAAAAUUGAGUUCUCUUUCUGUGUUAAACUUGAACUCAAAUUUUCUAGAAGGGUCUAUUCCCAUUGAGCUUGGAAAUUGUACUGCGCUUACAACACUUGAUCUGGGGAACAAUAGUCUUAAUGGCUCCAUUCCGGAGGAACUCUCAGAUUUAUCUCAGUUACAAUGCUUGGUUCUCUCUUACAAUAAUCUCCACGGGAAUAUUCCCUCCAAAGGGUCAAAGUAUUUUCACCAGAUUUAUGAUAUUCCGGAUUCAAGCUAUGUUCAGCAUCACGGAGUUUAUGAUCUUUCAUUUAACAGAUUAACUGGCUCAAUUCCGGAAGAACUUGGAAGCUGUGUGGUGAUUGUGGAUCUUUUGUUAAGCAACAACAUGCUGUCCGGGGAGAUUCCGAGAUCUUUAGCACGGUUAUCUAAUCUCACAACAUUGGAUCUGUCUGGAAACUUGCUGACAGGUAGUAUUCCUCAGGAAUUCAGUGACUCUGUUCUGCUGCAAGGCUUGUACUUAGGAAAUAACAAGCUUACAGGCUCAAUUCCGGAAAGCCUUGGUCAAUUAAGUGGCUUGGUGAAACUGAAUUUGACUUCCAAUAUGUUAACUGGUUCACUUCCAACUAGUUUUGGGAACUUGAGAGGGCUUACUCAUUUAGACUUGAGUUCUAAUGCACUGACUGGUGGGCUUCCCGCGUCACUUUCAAGUAUGGUAAAUCUCGUGGGCUUUUAUGUUCAGCAGAACAAGUUAUCGGGUCCUUUAGAUGAGCUCUUCAAGAAAUCUGUAGCAUCGAGAGUUGAAAUUGUGAACUUGAGUUGCAAUGUCUUUAGUGGGUUCUUGCCAAAAUCUUUGGGCAACAUGUCAUAUUUGACACUCUUGGAUCUUCACAGAAAUGGUUUUACUGGGGAAGUUCCACCGGAGAUUGGAAAUCUUAAGCAACUUGAGUAUUUAGAUAUCUCAGGGAAUGAACUAUGUGGACAGAUUCCUGACGAAAUUUGUGGCUUUCAGAAUUCGGCUUUCUUGGAUUUUUCUGAUAACAGAUUGGAGGGACGUAUUCCAAGUAAUGGGAUAUGCAGCAACCUGACAAAAGCUUCACUAGCUGGGAACAAGAAUCUAUGUGGUGGAAUUGUGGGACUAAGGUGCCAUUUGAAAAGCUUUGACCGAAAAUCACCUCUGUUAAACGUUCGGUUCCUGGUGUCAGGUAUGGUUGGAACAGCAUUGAUCACUCUUUCAGCCAUUAUUGUGUUGAGGAUAUGUGUUAAUGGGGUUGGUAGAAAUGAUCCUGAGGAAAUAGUGGACAGCAAGGUGAAUAGCUCAGACGAUCAGAAUCUCUAUUUCUCGAGUGGCAGCAGAUCAAAAGAGCCACUAAGCAUCAACAUAGCUAUGUUUGAGCAGCCUCUUUUAAAAUUGACGUCAGUUGAUAUUGUUGAAGCCACUAACAAUUUUUGUAAGGCAAACAUAAUUGGGGAUGGAGGAUUUGGAACCGUCUACAAAGCCACUUUGCCUGGUGAGAAAACAGUUGCAGUUAAGAAGCUAAGUCGAGCCAAAGCACAGGGUCAAAGAGAAUUUGUUGCUGAGAUGGAAACUCUGGGCAAAGUGAAACAUCGAAAUCUUGUUCCCUUGUUUGGUUACUGCUCUUAUGGGGAGGAAAAAGUUCUUGUUUACGAGUACAUGGUUAAUGGAAGCUUGGAUAGGUGGCUAAGAAACCAUACUGGGACUCUUGAUUUAUUGGACUGGAGCAGGCGUUUCAAAAUUGCUAUAGGUGCUGCACGAGGGCUAGCUUUUCUUCACCACGGCUUCACUCCCCACAUAAUUCACCGUGACAUUAAGGCUAGCAAUAUCUUACUAAAUGAAGAUUUCGAGCCAAAAGUGGCUGAUUUCGGGCUAGCAAGACUAAUAAGUGCUUGUGAGACUCAUGUAAGCACCGAAAUUGCUGGUACAUUUGGGUAUAUUCCUCCGGAGUAUGGGCAGAGCUGGAAGUCGACUACAAGGGGAGACGUCUAUAGUUUUGGGGUGAUUCUUCUCGAGUUAUUGACAGGAAAGGAGCCAACAGGACCUGAUUUCAAAGACAUUGAAGGAGGUAACUUGGUCGGAUGGGUGUUCCAGAAAAUCAAGAACUGUCAGGCUGUUGAUGUACUCGAUCUAUCUAUUCUUGAUGCCGAUUCUAAGCAGGCGAUGCUUCAGACCUUGCAGAUUGCAGUUCUUUGCCUUUCUGAGAACCCGACCAAUCGUCCUACUAUGCUCAAUGUUCUCAAGUUCUUGAAAGGGAUCAAAGAUGAGUAG